AUGGUGACCAACACAAGGACCUUUUUGGUCCUGCUGUUUUUUAAUUUGGUUCUUGUGAAGGGACAGAUUACUAUAGACAGUCUACCAACUAGUGCAACAGUAAAUGAAUAUGAAACGGCCAAUAUCUGUGUCCACAAGUUAGACGUCACAGAUAGUGCUGAUAACAGUACUGGCUAUUCGUGUGCCUUGAAUCCCACCAAUAGUAAAUUUUCUAUAGCCAGAGACCCCACUCCUAAUGACAAAUACUGUAUAAAUUAUAUCGGAGGUCCAGGACCAUUCAGUGCUAGUGAGAGUGUUACCGUAGAGUGUACCAAUAGUUUAUCUGAAACAGACAGCAAACUUCUCACAGUAGAUCCCAAGAAAAAUGAACCUCCUCAGAUCUCUCCUACAGUGUCCACAACAGUUGAUGUAGCAACAGCAUCUCCAGGAACUCUAGUCUAUACCCUGUCUGCAACAGACAGUGAUUCUGAUUCCUUGACCUACACCUUAAUCUCUCCAGCUACCCAUUUCAUCAUUGGAACUAAUGAUGGAAGUGUUAAAACAACCAAAGAUCUCAAAUCAGUGACCACUUCCACAGAAACAUUGGAUAUCACAGUCACAGAUUCUUAUACUUCACCAGUUCCUUUCCAGUUGAUAAUUACUUAUACAAUCCAUACAGAGAAGGCCACUUACACCAAUCUUCCAAGUCACUUCUUAUGGACAACUGCUUAUCCUUUGCUCUCCAUUGAAGAUUUGAACACUGAACCAACCAUCACUAAUGCACCAAGUGCUCCCAUCAAAGUGAAGGAAGAUGUAGCAGCAGGGCAUAGCGUGUAUAAAUGUGUUGUGGAUGAUCCUACACCAGGAAGCAAUGAUCCACCCACCACAUCAGCUACCUUCAAUCCUGCCACAACAGACUUAGAGUUUGAUGCUGCAGCUUGUGAAAUAAAGGUGUCUGGUAAGCUGAAAGACGAGGUCCAGAAGACCUACACUGUCCAAAUUAAUGUAGAUGAUGGCUUCCUUUCUAAACCAUAUGAUAUAGAAAUUGAAGUUGAACAUGUGCCCAGCACCAUCACCAUCAACAACCUGCCAGAUACCACUACUGUAAAGGAGAAACAAGAUGUGGACAUAUGUCUUAAAACUUUGAACGUAACCAAUACUGGUGCGGGAGGAUUUCUUUGUGAAUUGACCACCGUCGAUCUAAAGUUCGCUGUCACCAAGAGAAAUGGCGCCGCUGAUUACUGUGUAUACUAUAUAUAUGAUCAGAGCAGGUCUUUGGACGAAAAAUCCUAUCUACUGGAUGUUAAGUGUACCAAUGAUGAAGGUGUUGCCGAUACUAAAAAAGUCAAGAUUGAUGUCCAAUUGAAUAACGCACCCUCUGUUCCCAAAUCAGUUGGAGAAGUGGUAGAUGUUGCCACCACGUCAUCAGGGAGUCCACUGUACACCAUCAAUGCCACAGAUCCCGAUGGCGACCCCCUGAUCUUCACAGUUCUGUCUCAAGACCCUGCUGAUGCUGGCUUCACUUUGGGUGCAGAUGAUGGUAGUAUCUGGUCCAGUCAAGACCUUCGCUUCUCCAACAAUCCAUCAGUGACAAUGGAAGUGGAAAUUUCAGAUGGUCGGCUCAAAUCUACUACAAUGGUCACCUUAACAAUGACAAAUUUGAAUAUUGCACCAGUGAUCACCAAUUUAGCAGAUAUAAAUGCAGCUGAGAAUACAGAGAAAGGGGAGGAGAUCUAUAAAUGUAACGUUCAAGAUGACACUGUGUAUGGAGAUGGUCUGACCUUCUCCGCCAUCUUUAAUCCUCCCAACAACGCUCUGGUAUUUGACUCCACAAAGUGUGCCAUUAAAAUUUCCGACAAUGAAAAAUUAGAUUAUGAGAAACAGAAAGCCUACAAUGUUACAAUAACGGUAAAUGAUGGCUUCAAACAGGCAGAUUUCCCCAUUAAGAUUGAAGUGGUGAACGAGAAUGAUCCGCCGGUGUUUACAGUGACAUCUUAUCCAGAAGAAGUGGAGGAAGGAGUGGCUGGUGACAUCACCUUUACUCCAGCUUAUCAAGUCACUGACCCAGAAGGCAACGACGUCUCCUACGAAAUAGUCAAUACAGGUCCAGCCAUCUUCCAAAUAACCAAUGCAGAAAUGGGGACCAUCACCAACGUGGCAGAAAUUGAUUUUGAAAAUUUAGCUGCCAAUCCUAUACCAGUCACUGUUAAAGUGAAAGAUGACACAAGUGGAGAUGCUGAAGCGACAGUUUACGUUACCAUUAAGGAUGCCAAUGACAAUAAGCCCAUUUUUGAGCAGCAGCUUUAUGAUUUUAAUAUUUCUUUAUCCACACCAGGCAGUACCAAGUUAACUACAGUUAAAGCCACAGAUUUAGAUUCCACAACCAAUGCUGAAAUAUCUUACAGGCUUAAAGGGACCUCUGAGUAUUUUGAGGUAUUGCCGAGUGGAGAUGUUAUAUUGAAGUCGAAGAUUAAUGUACCUUAUGGAUCCAUUCUGACUGCCGAGAUCGUAGCUGAGGAUGCAGGAACUCCAACAACACUCAUUGGUACUACCACCAUUUCUGGUGUCUGGAAUAAAGCUCCAGUAAUCAACCUUCUCCCAGAAUUUGUCACCAUAGCAGAGGAUCAGACUGAAGCCAGAGACUUGUUCGUUUUUACUACCACUGAUCCUGAAAAUGAUUCCGUCAAUUGCAAAGUUGAUAACAUCGUUUCUGAUGCACCUGCAGGAGAAACUGAUGGUGCUUUUAAUGUGGUGAAAAAAUCUGGAGCUGAAGAGUUUACCAUUCGUUACUCUGGUAGCUAUAAAUUUAAUCAGGGAAAGGUGCCAAUGUUCGAUAUUUUUGUGACUUGUGAUGAUGGAAAUGGUGGAUCUGCCAAUAGUUCCCUGAAUGUCCGAGUCACUCCUAAUAAACUUCCAGAGGCUACUUGUAAUCCCAUAGAUUCUCAGACGGUCAGUGCUCUGAAUAGUGCUAUCAAUACAAAGGUCUAUGAUAUAGGUGUUGUGGAUCAGGAAGACGAUCCGUUAAUCAUCACUUUCACCUCAGUUCCAGAUAAUGGUUUUUAUGGUUAUGAUGCUGCUUCCAGAUCGAUCCAAGUUCGUAAAGAUUUAAGAAUAGAAAAAGAAUCUAGCUAUACAUGGACAUUGGAAAUAGAUGAUCAGAAACACUUUGAUAGUUCUGGAAACCCUGUUAAAAUCCCGUGUACCAUAUAUAUAACUGUCACUGAUUUGAACAAGGCACCAGUGUUCAGUAAAGAAGAUCAAACAGUUUCUCUUCCUGAAGACACUGCCAAGGACUCUGUAGUCCAUACUUUCGCAGUGAUUGAUGCUGAUAACACAACCAUUGCCUGUGAUGUGGAUCCCAUCUCUGAAGCCAACAUGUUUGAAAUCGAUCCCAAAUUAAAAACCAUCAAGUUAGCUCCAGGAAAGGAAUUCGAUUUCGAGGGAUCACAUCAGACCUACAAGUUUAUCUGUACAGCUACAGACAGCUACCAAUCGGCGACCUCCACCCUGACCAUGAUGAUCACUGAUACCAAUGACAGACCGGUUUUUAAGAAGCCAUUGUACACAUCUACCAUUGAUGAAGGCAUGCCUGGCACUGUUACCAUCAACGCCGAAUUUUCCUUCACAGAUGAAGAGAUGUCGGCAGGCCAAACGUACGCUUAUUCCUUAGAGAGUUCCCCUGAAUCUGUCCUGUUUGACAUCGAUCCUGACACUGGGAUCAUCACGAACGUCAAAGAAAUUGACGUGGAUGCUGCUGGAGCUCCAGAAACCAUACAGCUGACCGUGAAAGUGACUGACAGCGAAGGAGCCGAAGAGACCACCAAGUUGGACAUCAAUAUCAGAGAUAUCAACGACAAGACGCCGGUUUUCGACCCUAAUGUUUAUGAGUAUACGCUAGCUGAAAAUAUGGGUCUUGGAGAAGUCCUUGGAUCUAUUACAGCUACUGAUGAAGAUAAAGAUGACAUCAAUAAGAAUAUAGUCUACAGUCUGGACGAACCCAACGACUUCUUUGACGUCACACCAGAUGGGAAGUUCACCCUGAUGAAGUCGCUGGUUGGGCAGUAUGGCAAUACAUUCCCUGUGAAGGUCAAGGCCACAGAUACAGGUGUCAACCCCGGCACUAAAAGUAUUACAGCUCCGGUCAUCUUCAAAUGGAAUGAGAAACCAACCAUCAACAACCUGGACACUGUGGUCAGCAUCAAAGAGGACAGAACUGGACCCAUGGACGUAGCUGGGUCCACUAUAGAUGUAACAGACCCCGAUGGAGAUGAUGUAGAGUGUGAACUCUUCUCCAUAACGCCGAACACGGAUGCUUUUAAAGUAGAAGGCAAGAAAGUGAGAUACACAUUCAAACGACCAUUGGUUUAUCGGGACGUCAGCAGUUAUUUGGCUCAGAUUGAGUGUCGGGACACAGUAGGUGGUGGACGGGACCAGAAAUCCUUACAGAUUGACAUUGAGAAGAACCACGAUCCAGAACCAAACUGUUUCCCUUCUGGUUCAGCGAAAGUAGAUGUUGCCGACGAUAAGUACCACAAGCAAGGUGGAAGUGUAUAUGUUAUCUCCACGACCGACGACGAGAACGAUGCUAUCACCUAUACUCUGGAGAAUGGUCCACCUCCAGGAUCUCAACAAGCCUUCACUGUUGGAAAAUUUGAUGGUAAGAUCACAACGACCGGAGAUUUACGGUACAUCGACAGAGAACCAGUUCGCGAACUUAUUAUCGCUGUUGCCGACGCCAAACAAAAUACAGUCACCUGUACCAUUAUAGUCACGAUGGAAAAUUUAAAUGAGCCACCAAAGUUUACGAAUCUGCCCACCACUGUUGAUGUUGAUGAAUCUUUGAAACCUGAAGGAGCUGACCGGGAGCUCUACACUGUUGAAUUAGAAGAUCUGGUAUCCUGCUCCGACCCUAUUGGCAUUUCCUGGGAUGUGGAUCCUUCAGCAGAUAAGGAUUUUUUUACCAUCGUUCAAACAGACAAGAGUGUGAAAAUCAGCGUUGCUAAGGGCCAAGAGCUGAAUCACGAGAAAGACCCAACCAACAACCAGUAUAAGUUUACAAUCAGAGCCCAAGAUGGCUGCCUUAUGGAAUCAUCCCAAGUUCUGACCAUCAAUGUCAAAGAUCUCAACGAACCACCAGAAUUUUUGAAUGGAGAUAAAUAUUAUGCCAACAUAUCACAGGUAUGGGUUUUUGUGGAUCUUAUGGAUCUAUUUUGCACGGCUCGUGGGGUAAUUGGUGGCACCUUCGUGGUGCAACAACAAUCCUAUGAUAAUCCAGGAAAGAUCAAUGCCAGAGGUCUGGGCAAGGAUCAUCUGGUUGAAACAGGUAUCAUUGAUCUGGGAUGUCAGGGAACAGAUCCUGAUACAGCCGAUAAACUCACUCUGGAGUUGACUGGUACAGGCUCUGAGCAGUUUAAGGUAGUUGAUCACGCAAAGUGUCACAUUCAAUUAAUUGGAGAAUAUCUCCUAGACAAACCGGACUCCAAACCGAACAGUAUGGAUCUAAAAAUGAAACUUACGGAUAGAGCGGGAGAGGAGGUGGAAGCUGAUGUAAAAAUAGAUAUCUGGGAUUAUAACAACCAUGCCCCGGAGUUUGAGGAACCAGCUUACACGGGAGCACCUAUCUACCCUGGUGAUGCUGUGGGAAAAGACCUUGGUAAAGUGGUAGCAACUGAUGAUGAUAUAACAGAAGCGACUAAUGGUGCCGUGGAAUACUAUCUUAAAAGCUGCAACAACGGUGGGGAACAGUUUGUAAGCGUGCUAGGUGAUGGCUCGGUUAAACUCAAACAGUCUCCAGCACUGGUGGGAAUUUCAUCAGGAACUAUAUUUAAUUGUAAAGUGGAAGCAAGAGAUAAAGGAAUCAAGCCUGGUGUUUUGACUGGAACAACUUUAUUUGAUGUCCUUUACACAGAUCCACCGCCCACACCACCACCAGCUACUGAAGAUCCUAAUAACAACGACGACGAUAACAAUGACAAUAAUAACAAUAACAACAAUAAUAACAAUGCCAAUGGCAACAAUAACAAUGCAAACAACAACCUGAAUGGUAAUGGAGGUAAUUCCACAACAACCGACACUGACAACUUCUUGGAAUCGCCUGCUGCCAUUGCUCUCCUGAGUGUCCUUGGUGCUUUGCUGUUGGCCCUGCUGCUCUUUGCUAUUUGUCGCUGUUGUUGUGGUUACUGUGGCGGAGGAGGGACUGGUUGUAUGAAUGGUGGAAGCUCUGGUCCAGAUCCAUAUGGAGGUCGAGCAACUUCACCAAGUCAAGUCCAAGUUUCUGAAGGCAAGUAA